UGGCGGGCUAGCAGACAGCCCGGCGGGAGAGCCCCGCCGAGCGGAGCUGACUGGACUCCCGACUGACUCUCCGAUUCCGGGGCUGCGGUAGCUAGGGUUCUGGGCCCGGCAGGGACGGAGCUGGAGCCCUGGCCCUUGAAGGGAUACCUCUCCGCAGACUAGUGGGACCCCGAAACUUGAACGCAGCCGCCGGUCCCAUUUUGAUAGCUUCCUUUGUCACUUCCCCACUUUUCUAACAACGCGUUUUUUCCCUUCUGUUUUCCCUCCCCACUCUUCAUUCUCCCUCCUCCGAAGGACACAAAAGUGGCUUCCGUGGAAAUAUUUGGAGGCGGCGGGAGCUUUUUCUCUUUGGAGAGCGACUGUGUAGACGUGAUUUUUUGGGGGAAGCCACUUUCACACUCUUCCCUCCACCCGCCCCCCACAAAAAGCUUCUGUACCCUUUUGAGAGAAGCUCAUAGCUUGAAAGUUGGAGGGGCUUUUUGUUGGGUACUGGAGGUGGAGAGAGGGGGAGGACCCUGUCCUCAUCCUGGUCGUUGCCUGGACUUGUUACCGGCCGUUGGAAACCCAGAAGUACCUUUCCGCGUGGGACUUUUAUAGAUCUAUAUUUUUUAAAUUUUUGCAGAUACAAAAAAAAUAUAUAUAUAUAUGCUCUCUCUAUAUUUCUUGACGACCUGCCCCUGACAGCGCGAUGUACAAUACGGUGUGGAGUAUGGACCGCGAUGACGCAGACUGGAGGGAGGUGAUGAUGCCCUAUUCGACAGAACUGAUAUUUUAUAUUGAAAUGGAUCCUCCAGCUCUUCCACCAAAGCCACCUAAGCCAAUGACUUCAACAGUUACAAGUGAGAUGAAGGAUAGUUCUGCUGCUUCUCUUCAGGAUGCAGAAUGGUACUGGGGGGAUAUUUCAAGAGAGGAAGUAAAUGACAAAUUACGAGACAUGCCAGAUGGUACCUUCUUGGUUCGAGAUGCCUCAACAAAAAUGCAGGGAGAUUAUACUUUGACAUUGCGGAAAGGAGGCAAUAAUAAGUUAAUAAAAAUCUACCAUCGGGAUGGUAAAUAUGGCUUUUCUGAUCCUCUGACAUUUAAUUCUGUGGUGGAGCUCAUUAACCACUAUCAUCAUGAAUCUCUCGCUCAAUACAAUCCCAAACUUGAUGUGAAGCUGAUGUACCCAGUGUCCAGAUACCAGCAGGAUCAGUUGGUUAAAGAAGAUAACAUUGAUGCAGUAGGUAAAAAACUGCAAGAAUACCACUCUCAGUAUCAGGAAAAGAGUAAAGAGUAUGACAGGCUGUAUGAGGAAUAUACCAGGACAUCUCAGGAAAUACAGAUGAAGAGGACUGCAAUAGAAGCUUUUAGUGAAACAAUUAAAAUAUUUGAGGAACAGUGUCACACACAAGAACAACAUAGCAAAGAAUAUAUCGAGCGAUUUCGCAGAGAAGGAAAUGAAAAAGAGAUUGAACGAAUUAUGAUGAAUUAUGACAAAUUGAAAUCACGUCUGGGUGAGAUUCAUGAUAGCAAAAUGCGUCUAGAGCAGGAUUUGAAGAAACAAGCUUUGGACAACCGGGAAAUAGAUAAAAAAAUGAACAGUAUCAAACCUGACCUGAUCCAACUACGCAAGAUCCGAGAUCAGCACCUUGUAUGGCUCAGUCACAAAGGAGUGAGGCAGAAGCGUCUGAACGCCUGGCUAGGAGUCAAGAAUGAGGAUGCUGAUGAGAACUAUUUUAUGAAUGAGGAAGAUGAGAACCUGCCACAUUAUGAUGAGAAAACCUGGUUUGUUGAGGAUAUUAAUCGAAUACAAGCAGAGGACUUGCUUUAUGGAAAACCUGAUGGUGCAUUCUUAAUUCGAGAAAGUAGCAAGAAAGGAUGCUAUGCUUGCUCUGUGGUUGCCGACGGGGAAGUGAAGCACUGUGUCAUCUACAGCACUGCUCGAGGCUAUGGCUUUGCGGAGCCCUACAACCUGUACAGCUCACUGAAGGAGCUGGUGCUCCAUUACCAGCAGACGUCCCUGGUUCAGCACAACGACUCCCUCAACGUCAGGCUUACCUACCCUGUCCACGCACAGAUGCCCUCGCUCUGCAGAUAAAGGGGGGGGCGGGAAGAGAGGUGGCUCUCUAGCGUUUUUUCCUACCGUUUUUAUUAGACUAUGAGGGCAUUCUUUCUGCAUAGACUGCUUGUUUUGCACAAGAAGUGAUUAUGUGAAUGUGACGUGGAGACUGAGCAGCAGCCGGCCAGGGUGGAGGAAGGAAGGGAUAUAGAGUCCCCUGGACCUCAGCUGUGCGCUGCACUGACAUACUAAGCCAGAAGCAGGUGUGUUUUUUUGGAAAGUUGGUUAUUGGGGAUUUUGUUUUGUUUAGUCAGGCACCCUCAGCAGAACACGUUAGGCUUGGGGUGGGGGUUACUGGAACCCUCUGAAGAAUCCUGGUCGUCUUUCAGUCUUGGAGAGUGCAGCUGAGGCACGGGGAGUUCUGUCUUGAUCUGGCAGCUUCUCUUAGGAUACAUGUGGACCCCCGUCAGGCCUCUUCCUCCCACAAAAGAAGGUGGUUUUGGUUCUGUGGUGGUGUGGGAUUUGGUGGAAAAGACAACCAAAGGAAAACUGGGAGGCUCGGGGCUUUGUUGAGAGAAUGUAAGCCACGGAGGGGACACCUUCCAAUGAAGGUACUGUGUCAACAUAAUUUAGGCUUGAGCAGCCCCCAACUCCUCCCUUUAAAGAAGCAUUAAGUUUAUAAACCAAAUUGAUCCCUCCGAAACAUUGUCAUUGCUGGACUAAUGCCUGAUGGGAGAAGGUGGCACUAGUAUCAAAAUGCACACUUCUAAACCAAAACUUGAAAAGGGAAAGUAAGAUACAUGUUUUUGCAAACACUAAAAUUGGUCAGUUGUAAUUCCUCCUGCCUGCCUUGUGUCUGAGAGAUGAGGAAUAGUGUUUUUGUGGAGAUAUGGUGCGCUUUGAAUCAUAAAAUGAAGUUGGUGCUAUUGUGGUAUUUCCUUAGCAUAAAGAAUGAUCUGUUGUUUGAAGCCUCUGUAACUUGUUUGUGUGAGUAAAAGGUGCAAUCCAGUGCUUUUAGAUGACUUGAAUAUACCAAAUAACCCUAGAGAACAACAUUCGUUCAUGUCUUCCCCAGGCUGGGAGGGCGGGCCUGCAGUAGCAUCAACAUGGUCUCCAUUUAUCACGGCGGCCUCUGCAGGGUAGGGCUCAGAGAGUCCGAGUGGCUAAGGCUGUAGUGGGAAGGGGAGGGUCCUACCAUGGGCCCAUCACCCAUGCGCUUCCUUGCUUCCAUCCACUGGUUUCUGAAACUCGCAGAAGUGUGUGGCUGGCGUUUAAACUUAGCAAAAGCCAUCUAGGAGGGUUUUUCCUUUUUCUGUGAGCCUGUCACUAAAACAAUGUGCAGUCUGCCUUUGUGCUCCAUUGGCCCCGAUUGUAGGCUGGGACUCAUCUGCUGGUUUCGGCCAGCCUUCCGGCUGAGUGAAACUAGGCAGUUGGACUAGAGGCAGGCAUCCACUCAGGACUGCAUGUUGCCCAGCCCCGUUUGUCAGCACUCACUUGACAAGAAGAGUCGUCUGUCACUGAGUGAGUCAGCUGUUUGCACACAGAAGCUGUGUAGUCGGGCACCCUGGCUGAGCCAGGGAAGCCAGUGUCAGGAGCUUGAAGCUCCAGGCUUAUGGCGAAGGAAGUUCUGGUUUUAGGGGAAAGGAAAACAACUGCAUUAACGAGCACACCGGUCUUGGGUGUUGAAGCCUAGAGUGGACCAUGAUGUAGACGUAGACAUGGAUUACACUCUGGGAAAAACCACCAGAUAUCAGUGAGAGGCUAGGAAGGAAAGGUGUGUCUUUGACUUUUCCUUGGUUAAUUGCAGUCUCAGGAUUGGGCAAGAGAGAGAGCCAGAUGAACCGCCCCCCUCAGUGUCACUGUUCUGACUUAAGCUCUUGACUGAGAGGCAGCCACCCUUUCUAACUUCCAGAGGGGAAUUUUCCGACUGUUUUCUGGGCAGUGCCAUGCUCACUGCUGCUGGACACCCCUGGAUGGCCUAGCACCUGGUGCUGAACCUGCUUGAGCAGUUGGACACUCGAGAUUGGGUUCAAGUCAUUUCCUCUCUGGUACUAAAGUUUUUGUGGGUCCUGUCUUUUAAAAUACCCCAGAUGGGAAAAAGGGUUUAUGCCUAUUGUGUUGGACCUGUGUCUGCACUUGACCGGUAGACACUGGGAAGGGCAGCUGGAGAGCAAGCCCCUCUGACUUCCCCUUGGGCUGGCUGGGAGAAGGACUGCUUUCAUUUCCCACCCUAGUCUUCCACUUUUCCCCUCCCCUGUUUCUGUUUUUAGUUCAUUGCUUUCUGGGAUUUAAGGCCCAGGGUUCAUUUGAGAAGUUGGAAGAUUAUUUUAUGACCAGUUGCCACAUGGCUCGCUCGAUCCUAAGCCAGUGGGAAAUGGCAGAGAGGCAGCCUAGUGUAUACUGGGCUGGGCUGUGUGUGCAUCGAGGUAGUAUGCAGCUCCUUUGCUCCAUAGUCUUGGGAGCAGGUCGGAGUCGGCCGGGGGCCUGUCCUGUGAUCUGGGCCCUGAGGCACUCUCUUGGCAUGUUUACCCCAGCCCCACAGAAGCAGAAGGUAAGGGGACAGACCAAGACCAGAGUCCACUGUGGAGGUAGACCUGGGAGCUAAAGGAAGUGCUGAAUGUUCUCUUGGCUAGGGAAGCACCCACCAGCAUGGAAGCAGCGCCAGGCUGACUGGCUGCAGGUCUCCUUAAUGCUCACCUGCACCUUGCCAUAGAUGCUGGCUGUGUCCUGUCACUACUCCAGCAGAGGUCGAGGGCUUCCUGAUACAUCCACCUUUGAUGUCUUCCACAGCUCCCCUUUAAUUGGUGCAACAAACCAGCCCCGUGGGUCCUCUUGGGACAAGAACUGGAUCUAGGCUAUGCCCGUUUUCCAAGGUGGUCUCUGCUGCCAGGUACCAUCCCACAGUAGCCCUUUUUGAGACUCCGUGGCCUCAGAAGCCAGAGGGUCUGGAUGGAGGCCUAGCUGGGCCCUCCCUCUGCCACCAACUGCUCAUCCUUGCUUUAGCUCCAGCCACUUGUGACACCCAACUGUGUUUCCUUACAAAUUCCAGCAUGUGAUGUUGGUGCCCCGUUGUUAACUUGUGAAAAAGCUAUUCUGUUGUCUUUGAUGUAGUCAAAAAAAUCAUGUAGUUUAUGUAAAAAUAUCUGAUUCACAAGGAAGCCAACUGUGUGUCUUGUGUUGGGACAGUUCAUAAAGUAGUUCCUAGGCCACUUUUGCAAAUUGUUCUUGUCACCAAAUGUGUUCAGACAUUGCUGUGCAGUUGUGGGGGAGGGCGGGGGGAAGGUGAGGGAGAUACUUUUUGGUCUUUUUGUUUACCUUCCCCAAAAGGGGACAGUCUGGCCAACUUGCUCCAGUAAUGCAAUAAAGACAUUGCAAUAAAACA